UAUUUCAGAGGGUCAGUCACACUGAUUCUCUGAGACGCGAAUUUUAUUCGCGUUAAAAACAACAAAUUCUGCUUUUUUUUAGCCAGUUGAUAGGUGUCACAUAAAUCUUCAAUGAAAUCACUAGUGGCAGCUCCAAUCGCACCAAUCACCAGUCACCAAAAGCACGCCGCUGGCACACGAGACGUGCUCCGCGACACCUGUACCUGUGCCCGCCGCUCCGCCCCCUCACUCCUGCGGCGCGAGGUAAAUGUUAUCAGUGAAGAGGCGCGCUAAAACGCCUACCAAAGCAGUGAGCAGAGCAGAGGCAGCGUAGCAGUGGCAGAGGCAGCAACGACGAGUGGGCGCACACACAAAAGGCCACCCACCCCACCGUUCAAGGACAUCGGACCAGAGUGUGUGUAGAGUUGCAGCGGCGGAAGCAGCGCCCGAGGCAGCGACGUAACCGAGCAGCGUGCGCUGAAUACCAAAAAGCAAUUUUGGUGCCAUGCCACAGCCAGAGUCACAGCCGAUUGACUGACGCAGCAGAACCUUCACAAAACAGAAAACUGAAAAGACCAACGAACGACCAAUACAAACUUGAGCAAUACAAAAUCUAGUCAUUAGUUCUUAUGGAUGCUACCGCAAGUUCAAAGUUCAGCGAUGUGGACGAGUAUGGCUUCAAACGUGGCCAAAACUUCGACUACCAGAACUAUUCUAAGUUCAUGGAUGGCUACCUGAAGACGCUGACACGCCGUCGCAUGAAAUGGGAGGCCAUACUGCAGCAGAAUCCAGAUCUCAGCCAGGUAGAUGCUAAGCUAAAGCGUUAUAUUCGAAAGGGCAUACCCGGCCCCUACCGUCCCGAUGUUUGGAUGAAGAUAUCCGGCGCCGCAGCCGAACAAAGGCGGGCGCCCCAUCUGUAUCGUAGUCUCUUGAACACCGAAACCUUUGACAAGGAAAUCAGCGAUUCCAUAUCAAUCGAUCUACCUCGUACGUUUCCCGACAAUAUCCACUUCGACACGAAGAAGCAGCGCCUGUACAACAUCCUCAUCGCCUACGCCCACCACAAUCAAGAUGUGGGCUACUGCCAGGGCCUAAACUACAUUGCCGGGCUGCUGCUUAUCGUCACCGAGGACGAGGAGAAGUCCUUCUGGCUGCUCAAGCAUAUCGUGGAGAAUAUUGUGCCACAGUAUCACUCGCAUAACAUGGCCAAUCUGCUCAGGGACUUGGCUGUUUUUCGGGAGCUGGUGAUUAGGCGCGUGCCCGCUGUCAAUAGGCAUGUGGACAAUUUGGGUCUUCCCUAUCCCGUUAUUGCCAGCAAGUGGUUCAUCUGCAUAUUUGCCGAGGUGCUGCCCGUGGAGACGGUGCUGCGCAUCUGGGAUUGUGUGUUUGCCGAAGGCUACAAGAUCGUUUUCCGUGCCGCCCUGGCCAUGUUUGUUACCCACAAGACCAGCAUUCUGGCCUGCGACGAUAUUGCCGCCUUGGCCAGUCACUUUCGCGACAUUAUGAUCCAGGACAGCAUUGUGACGGACUGCCAUGGCUUUAUAGAGUCGAUGUUUGCAAUACGCUUGAAGCGCAGCGAACUGGAGAGCCUGCGGAAGGUGGCAGUGUUGAAUCCCGCUUAAGAUGCGAUGCAAGAGGAUGUGAAGUUACAAGACCAGCAGAUCAAAUAUAAGAUCAAACAAGCAACAAAACCAAAUACCAAAUUGGAGAAGCAAUCGAAAAAAUUCAAUUAUUAGGAGCGUAGUCGUUUAAAUGUGUCAUUGCGUAUAGUAUCUGUAUAUGUAUAUGUAUGUAGGUGUGCCUGUAUUAUCAUUGAAGCCAAAAAGCGAUUCGAGUAUUAGCCAACGAAAUCAAAUCAAAAAGAAAACAAACAACCCAUGUUACCAAAGCGGAACUAAAGCGGUAAAAUUUAAACGCCUGCAGUAGGAGUAGUAGCCAAAAAAACAGUCUCUAAAGUCUAGUUGAUAUCUUCCGCAUAUAUCAUGUAUUACCAAAUUUACACACGCGCAUUUAGCCUACGUUUCACACACACACACACACACACACAACCAACAAUCCAUCCAACCAACCACAAACGACAACAUUUUGUGUUCUUAGUUUUUUCCUGUUGAUCAAAAAAGAGUAUUUAUUUUUUUGAGUAUAUGUACGAUGCAUACGAAGGAGAUGGAGAGAGAUAUAUAAUAUGUAUAUGUCUAUGUCUACGUCUAGAUUAAUAUACACACACAGAAAUGUGUGUGUACUCUUUUAUAUAAAUGCUUUUAAAGUUGUUACAUAGUUGCCUAACUGUAUAU